UGUGCACUUCCGAGCGUAUCACAAAACUAAUUCUGAAUGCGGCGAACAUUCGAACGAUGCCUGGAUCUCUUAUAUUCACUGGAACAGUUAUGGAACCUCACCGACCACGUGGAUGUGUGAUGUGGCACUAGAUCUAGAUUUGUUUUGUUUGUUCGAUAGUGUUUUUUUGUUGUUGUUCCACUACAUGUCUGACCUUUAGAGUCGCAUAUGGUGCAAUGUCGCCAUUUUUAUGAAAUUGAUAUCUGUAAUCUUCCUACUGUAGUUCUUUGAGGUUGGGUUGAUUUAAGCUGUGUAAUAGCUUGUGAAUAGAGCAGACUUGUGCAUGGUUGAGAAGGAGCUUCUCAAGAACAGCUUCUGGAGGACAUGACUCCUGUAUCAUAACAGUGGGACGUUGGAUCUCCUGAUUGCUCUUUUGGAUUUUUAUUCUGACAACUGGAUUUAUUGUUUUGUGCUAAAUUGAGCAAUCAUGAAUUCAGAAGGUAUUCCUCUAAAGUCAGAGGUCAUGAAUUGGACUCCUGACCGAUUAGCUGCAUACUUUUCUGGAAGGUCACAGCGAGAGCUGGCAGGAUGUGAUAAAGUUAUCAAGAAGCACGGUAUAACCGGUCAGCGUUUUUUGAACAUAUCAGACAACGACUUGGGGAAAUUUCCAAAGCUGUGUGUGCCACUCAUCUCCAAAAUCAGCCGUGAAAUCAACAUGAACGUGGCGAAGAAGGGAAUCUUCCAGAAAAGGCCAGCUCCUCCAAAGUUACAAGAAUUUGUACCAAGCGAGACUGUAGGCUGGGAUGAAGACGAGUUUGACCAAAGCGAUGACGACUAUGAGUCCCCGAAUUCUGAGGACGAAGACGGUGGAGAUUACGAGUCCCCCACGGAGGAGGUAGAUGCCCAGGACCACGGGGAUAGCGAUUACGAACCUCCCCCCUCGGAAAAGCACGAGACGGUCAACCCCAUAUGCGCCGCCAAGCCCAUCUCCGAUAGUGACUAUAUAGAUGACACCCGUAGUCGUCAGCAGCCUCCAGUACCGCCAGAGAGGCCAGGGGCGGGACCCCCUCCGCCCUUCCCACGGCCUAACGUGCGUUCAAAGCCAGACCAGUCUCCUCAGAGGCCCCCCAUAGGCAGAUUGCCCACCAAGCCUCUGCCUGUCGCUAGCGCUCCCGCUGCCCCUCGAAUCGAUCGCAGUAAAAAGCCUUCAACACUGGAACGGAUGCCCGCAGGACUUCCGAGGCCGGAGCCGGGUAAGCCCCCGGUGCCGUUAGCAGCAGGGGUUAACAGGGGGCAGAGCUUCACAGCAGGCAUGGCCAGGGGCUCACCGACCAGACUUCCUGUUGGGCAUGGUGACCUGCCAGUAUGCAGAGGCAACACCUUCCCCAUGCAAAGAAAUGCGUCCCCGCACCCUCGGCCUUCACUGCCAGGUCCUCCAACAGAAAGCUGGCGACAUCCUGGAAGUAGGUCUUUGCCUCACGAAAACGACGGAUUAAGUUCAAGGAAAGAAGUUUUACAGAGAACUCAAAAUGCAGACCAGGACCUGGAUCCUUCCUGGUAUAUCGGCCAGGUGACCCGUGGGCAAGCUGAGGCCAAACUAUGGAAUAUAAACAGGGAUGGCGCCUACCUGGUGAGAGACAGCUCCAAGAGGUCGACCCAUCAGCCCUACACGCUCAUGGUGCUCUACCAGGACAAAGUCUACAACAUACAGAUCCGCUACGAUGUGGCACAGCAGGUUUACCUUUUGGGCACCGGCCUAAAAGCUCAAGAGAAAUUCCAGACGGUCAGGAACAUCAUUGAGUGCUACAGUCAGAUGCCUCUACUCCUGAUCGAUGCCAAGAACCGAGGAUCGGGACAGCAGAACCAGUGCCCCCUAAUACACCCAGCAGGUCACUAAGGACGCACACACACACAUACACACAUAUACACACGCACGCACACACACACACACAUACACACACACACACACAAACACCUUAGUAUCUUUGUGGGGCCCUCCCAUUGACUUCCAUAUACUUCCGAAUAGCUAAUGAAUGCUAUAGUGCACCCACACCAAAACAAUCCCUAGCCUAAACCUGUCAGUGGGGUAAUGUUUUUACACUUUGCUUUUACCAUCAACAACAAAACUACCAAGAAAAACACUGCUAAAUGUAUGGGGCCCAAAAUAUGGCCCCACAAAGUACCAUUAAGAGGAUUUUACUAUCUUAGUGGGGACAGCUGGCCCCCACAAUGCACACACACACACACACACAUAGCCUGGUGAACCAGCGCCACCCGCUGGACGGCAAAAUGUUUUGUCUACGGGUGGGUCUGGCCUCGCAUAAUGAUUCAAUGAAGCCAGAAUGCCAUGAAUCUGGCAAACCAAUUACAACGCAAAUAUGUGUUUUGAAUCAAAGCGGGCAGGGUUUUGAGGGAAGGUUGUUCUCAUCAACAAUCUUCGGAUGUAUUAUGCAUCGAGGCCAGACUAAAUUAGACAUCCACAUUUAGUCUGGUUUAUCAGGC